AGUCAUGGGUUGCAUCCUGAGUGAAGAGACCAAAGGUAGGCUAUAAAAGGUGGAGGCUUGAUGUUUAGCAACACAUUUAUCAGCACAGCGUUGGAGAGGUUGACACAUCACCAGCAAGAUGAAGAUAGUGAUAUUGGCUGUAACACUAGCCCAGGUGUUGGCUAGUGGUGAAGCGCUGGACUGCCUGCGCUGUGUCCCAGCUCAUGCAGGAGGAGAAUGUGAGGUGACAGUAGAAACCUGCCCCCCAGAGAAGGACGGCUGUGCAGCCGCCAAGUUCCUCAGAGCGCCAUUUAGCCAUUUCCAGAGAUGCAUGGAUAUGUCGGGCUGUAAGCAGUUCCAAACCAACGCUUUCAUCAACGUGAAGUGUUGUGACACUGAGAAGUGCAACACGUUCUAGACUACUCUGCUGUGACAAGACGGAUUCAGAUCAGUAAAGACACGAUGAGAGGGCGCAGCAUCCCACUGGGCACACAUCGGUUGAAUCAAUGUUGUCGUUUCCACGUAAUUUCAACGACAUUACGUUGAACCAACGUGGAAUAGACAUUGAAUUGACGUACGUGUCCAGUUGGAUCCUACCCCUCACAUCAACAUUCUAAUUUAUCAACAAUUUUUUGACUUAAAAUAAAUCAAACUUUGAAA